UCGGGUGGGGUUCUCGUGACACUGACAUUGGCUUUUGAACGACGGGGCCAGCCUAACGGUCGAGUGGCGUACAAACGGGCGAGUGACGCACGAGUUUGGAGAAAGGUGGGUGAGGUGGGUGGGCCAUCAGACUGGGCACCAUUGAGAGGAGGUGAAGGGGUGGGAUGUCGACGAAGUCAUCCUGCAAGGACAGAGGGCGGCGGGUGGUUCCCCUGUGUAGCAGUACGGUUUUUGUUCUGCAUUCGUGCUGAGGACGCCCAAGGUGAAAGGGGGGGGAGAGAAGGGGAGAGAGGAGUGGAGUGGAGGGCCGGACUUGGGGAAACGGCAGGAGCAUGCGCUGAGAUAGAGUUGUAAGGCGGCAAAGGAAAAUGUAUGUGCAGAUCCUGUUGGAUUUGCGUUGCCGCUGACGAGAGCGCGAGCAUUCACACACAGAGACACACACACAGAGAGAGAGAGACAGACACAGAGAGAGAGAGAGAGAGAGAGAGAGAGAGGAAUGGUCUCGUCGAGCCAAGGGGUGGGCAUCGGUGUAAAUGGACGUGCCACGUGGCAGCUUGGCCGGUUGUCUAUUGCGGACGAUAACGACAGGGUAGAGACGAGAGAGCGAUUAUCGAGUGGAUUGGCUGAUUGCUGCCUGCGGGACAUGCAAAGAGGGGGAGCAGGUGGAGGAGGACGCGGGGGAGGAGGAAGGCGGCAUGCAAGGACGGAACAGCUGUUGUGCCGAAGUCCUUCAUCGCAGUUGCUGAGCUCGCCAGGGUUGACACGGGGAGUGACAUUCCCGGCAGAGACGCUGACGAAUGCAGCAGCGUUGCAGUCGGCGGCGGCAGCGCUGAACGGAGGGUCUUUGGCGACAGGAGGGCACCUGCAGUAUGGACCAGGGGGGGGGAGCGGGAUUGGGGGGGCCGUGGGAGGCGGGGGGGGGACGGCAGCAGCGACGGGCGGAGGGGGGCUACCGCGGCAGCCAGUGACGGAUACGUUGCUGCUGCUGAGGUUGCAGGAGCAAGGGCAGCAGAGAGCAGCAGUUCAUCAGGCUGCGGUACACGUGGCAGCGCAGCAGCACUUAGAGCAGCAGGCGCAUCAGCAGGCGGCGCUAGAGCAGCAGCAGCAGCAAGCGCAGGUGCAGGCGGCGGCGCAGCAAGCUGCAGCGCAAGCAGCGGCGGCCGAGCAGAGUGGACAGACCAGCGCGGGUCAACUUGUCGGCCAACUGGCUAAUGGGAAUUCCUCCCAAAAGCAACAGCAGCAAGAUCAGCCGCAGAAGCAGCAGGAGCAGCAAGGGAUGACGGCUGUGGUACAGGGACAGAAUCACCAGCAGCAACAGCAGCAUCAACUGCAGCAUCAACUGCAGCAAGAGGAGCAGCAGCAACAGCAGCAGCAGCAGCAACAGCAGCAGCAGCAACAGCAGCAGCAAUCUUCCGUCGCUGCUGCCGCUGUUGCCGCUGCUGCCGCUCAAAGCCAACACCUGUUGUCCCAGCAUAGGCGUUUGCUUUUGCAUCAUCAACAGCUGGCCACCGUCCAGCUGUUGCAGCAACAGCAACAACACCAGCAACAGAAGCAGCAGCAGCACCACCAGCAGCAACAACAACGCACUCAUCAGCAGGCGGCGGUUCAGCAGGCUCAGGCGCAAGCACAACAAGUGCAACAGCAGCAGCAACAACAGCAGCAACAACAACAGCAACAUCAGCAGCAGCAGCAGCAUAAAAGUCAACAAGACCAGAAAGCCCAGCAGCAGCAACAGCUUCAGCAGCAGCAGCAACAACAGCAACAACCGUAUCAUCAUCAUCAGCAGCAACAACUUCUGCAUCAGCAGCAAUUGCAACAGCAGCAGCAGCAGCAGCAGCAGCAGCUUCAGCUACUGCAGCAGCAGCAAAAGGCGCAGCAUCAAUUUCAACUGCAUGCUGCCCAGCAGAAAGCACAGCAGCAGCAGCAGCAGCAGCAGCAGCAGCAGCAACAUCAUUUAGCUCUAGGCGGCCUCUCUCGAGGAUUGACAACAUCAAUGACAACACCUGUCGGGAAGAUUCCUCCUCCGGAAGCGGGCAUCUGCACACGGAGGUUGAUGCACUACAUGUGCGAUCAACGACGACGCCCGCAGGAUAAUAACAUAGAGUUUUGGCGGCAGUUUGUGAGCGAAUAUUUCGGCGCAGGGGCGAGGAAGAGGUGCCAGCUGAAGCCGCACGCCUCAACGCCAUUGCAUGAGACGCGGAGCAACGGCGCCGGCAGCUCGCUGAAGCAGCUGCCAACGAUAAUAGAGCUCGAUGAGAUGCAGUUACCAACUCCAUUGAUGGAAGAUGGAGUAGCGGUUGUUGACCUUCGCAAGUACAUUGCGAAGAUCGACCGCGAGUGCACUACGCAGCGGUAUGACGACAUCAACGCACUGUUACUUUAUAUACUCGGUCAGAUCGGGAAUGCGACCUGCAACACCUUGAUUGAUUGUGGAGCUACUCGCAACUACAUCAGCCAAGGCUUCAUGGUGUGCGCUGGCGUCACGUUGGCCGAUGGUCGUACGCACAAGUCCAUUUACCGAUGCGUUGACUCUGUCCCCAUGUACUUCGCCUUGCGCUCGUGCGAGGCCGUGUCCUUCGACAUCUUGGACACAAAGUUCAACAUGAUUUUGGGCAUGUCGUGGCUGAGCAGCGAGGACCACCCGGUGAACUUCGACUGCCGCACCGUUCAUGUUCGUGAUCGGAACGGGGUACUUGUCCCAUGUACGAGCCCCCCACCUCACCCUUCAAUUUGUUGUCACGUGGUCUCCACGGCAAGCAUUCGCAACUCCAUCGCACAGAAUGACAUGGAGGAAAUGGGCAUUUGCUUCUUGCACGCCCUCCCCCCUCCCGACGAGCCAGGGACGGAACAGCCACCGGAUCCAUAUAUUGUAGAGCUUCUUGACUCCUAUGGUGACGUCUUUGAAGCCCCUGUUGGAAUCAUACCGGAUCGGCCAAUUCGUCACAAGAUCAUUCUCAAAGACGGGGCCGUACCUCUGCGUGGAUGUAUCAGCCGCAUGAGCGAGGAGGAACUCGAAGUGCUACGAACGCAACUCGAUGACCUCAUUGCCAAGCGCUGGAUUCACCUUAGCUGCUCGCCCUACGGGGCACCCGUUCUCUUCGUUCGGAAGAAUAACAAGGAGUUGCGCUUAUGCAUCGACUAUCGCAAGCUUAACUCUCAAACUGACGAUGAUGAUGAUGAUGAUGAUGAUGUCGAUGAUGAUGAUGAUGAUGAUGAUAACGAUGGUGUCGAUGGUGUCGAUGAUGAUGAUGAUGAUGAUGAUAACGAUGGUGUCGAUGGUGUCGAUGAUGAUGAUGAUGAUGAUGACGCACAGCGCCAUGUGAUGACAAAAGGAUGAUGAUGGUGCUAAUGGUGAACACCUUUGAUGAUAAGCUAAUGAUGAUGAUGAUAAGGGUGAGUAGCGCCCUAUGACAAGA